AUGGGAACGAAUGCCUCCCACUUUAGGCCCACGGAAGAAUUUUCACUCAUCAAUCGCGCAGCUGUGCCGCGUUUGUCGGGCAGAUCACAUCGCUCCUUACCAAUCGAAAAUCGUCAUGGUCAUUUGUUUGAUGUUGUUAUUCAGCUAAAACAUGAAGACAAGGACAUAUAUUCGUGUUUCUUUCCAAGUGACGACGAUAGCGUCCUUUUAACCGCGUCCAAAGUAGAACAAACAACUUUUUUCCGCCAUAAUCGCGAAUUUUCAUCGAUAAGAUUAUGGGACCUGAAUCAGAAACAAAUCAACACUGGGUUUUUGGCUGACUUCCCUCGCUCAUUUAGAUCCUGCGAUUUUUCGCCCGAUGGCCAAUUGGUGGUUUGUAUUUUUAGCGAAGACUCCCUUGCGCUGGUGCGAAUGAGAUCUUGGAAAACUACCAGUGCUGAAGUUGUUCACAUGCGUAGAUUUUGGCGAAAGAGACGAGGAGUACUAAUGUGUUGUUCGUUCUCUCCUGAUGGUCGAUCGCUUGUCGUAGCAUCUAAACUGACAGGUGAUUUAAAUCAUAUCUGUAUUAUUGACAUUGCCAGCAAGAAAAUGGUCAGAAAAAUGAAAUCCGCAACGAACUCAAGCUCAAAGAUUCGCGGUCACCCGCGAUCAUGUGUAUUUUCGCCUGAUGGUUUGUUCUUAGCUGUAUCGUGCACCUCUGGACAGCUAAUUGUUUUUGACACUCAAGACUUUCAUAUCCAUAGUAGUCUAGACUUGGAUACUUCCACAUCAUCUACGUGUUUAUGCCUUCCAUUCCGUCACUCAAGUCGCCGCACGCUUAGUUCUCACUUACAAUGUUGGUAUUUGUUUGAUCCUCGCUAUGGACAUAAGUAUUUGACAUCAUGUCUUGAAGAUGGCACCAUUCAAACAUGGUCUCUUACUGCCGACGAACCUGGUCUUACAUGUAUUCAACUUGCUUAUGCAUUGCAGACUCCAUGGCAGAAAAUAAGGUCUGCUGCCUUUUCCCCUGAUGGUACAAUGUUAGCAGUUGGUACAUCAGACUCCAAGGUCUUGGCACUGAACUCAGAAAGUUUAAGUGUAUUGUUUGUCCUCAAUGCUCAUCUUCAACCAGAUGGUCUAAGAACAUGGUAUCAAAACACAGAAGUGUCUUGCCUGGCCUUUACAAGAACAUGCCAGCAGGUUGCUGCUGGUUAUAAAGAUGGACGCGUCAGGGUUUGGCAGUUGCCAUUAAUUUUAAAUCUUCAGCACAUGUGUAGAUUGGUUGUUAUUAAUCAUGUUCCCGCCCAAGAGAUUCCAGAGUUACCUCUUCCAGCACACUUAAUCAGAUAUCUUCUGUUCUCCCCUCUGAAGCAAUUCUAACUAAUGGAUUUCUGGAGAGGGCUACUCAAUAAAGUGAGGUUCAAUGAGAUAGACAGGGAAAAAUUGUGGUUAUGUCAGUUCUACACAGUAAACAUUGAAGCAAUUUUUUUUUAGCUAAAUUGUUAUUAAUGAAAAUUUGAUUUUCUCUCUUGUCAUUAACAUUGUCAUUCAAUUUAUCUUUGGACUAGCAUUGUAACAUUUGUUGAUAUUAAUAUUUAAGGCCAUCCUCAUUUUUCCAUUAACUGUCUUUAAUGUUAAUUUAUCUGUUUGGUGGUGAUUGAAAGGUAGUUAAUAUGUAUAAACUUUUCUAGUGAGAUGUGGAAGCAAAAGCUCAGUGAGGGAAAGACUAUAGAGAGAUGGAUCACCAUGUAGGAUGUUUUUGUUCCAGUCUUUUAAACCUUAAGAGUAACCAGCAUCUACUUUCUCGUUACAGUAAUACUGCUGAAUCGUUCAUUUAGAUCAUGAGAAUAUAGGAAAGGAUUGCCAACUUAAGAAGCUUUGAUUGUUAACAAGUUCUCCUUGGUCUCAGUACCAAAGGGAAAGUAAAGACAACAGUAUGAAGAAUAUAGAUACUGAUGUGAGGGUGUUAAAGAGUUAAAGAAAAAUACAAAUUUGGAUUUUCUUUUCUAUAUUCAAGUGAUAAAAACAAGAACUCAUUUUCAGGUUCUUGCCUACAUUGUGGUUGUGUCAUUGCUUUUAAUCUUAUGCUAAAAUUAUUUGGCAGAAGAGCAAAUAAACUAAAAGGACAGCCUGAUUUUAAGUGAUGUUACAACUUCCAUCUCUUGUUUAGAACAGAGAGCAAUAAAUAAAUAUCUAGAUUCCCCCCAACAAAACUUUUUGUACAAAUGUAAGACAUGCUGUAAAAGGUUAUAUUUUUAAGGAAAUCUAUUUAUCAAGUUGUAACUAUUUAAAUUAUUGAUUGUUGUAGUACAUCUCAGGAAAUGCUAUUACUCCAUGUUGUGGUAAGGUAUCUUGAUUGUUACCCUGGAUCUCAGGAAUCUCUGGGAAUAAGUAUCAGAAUCACUGUAGUUUCAUAUACCUUUAACCCUUUAACCCAAGGGAUGACCAGCAUCCAAUUUUUCCUUAAAGUAUUACUUUGGAAUCAGUCAUUAAGAUCAUGAGAAUAAAUUUAAUGAUUGCCAACCUAAGAAGCUGUGAUUGUUAAAUAAAUUCUCCUUGUCAGUACCAAAGGAAAUGUAUAUAGAAGAGUGUGGAGAGAACAUGGGUGCUGAUGUUAGGGUGUAAAGGGUUAAUUAUGCCACAUGACCAGUUACAAUAAAUUGAGAUGUUUAUGUACACAGUAAGCUUAUCAAAAGGUAUAAUUCAUUCCAUAAAAAUUGCUUUCAUUUUUGUUAUGAAUCAUAUGAUUAAAAAACACCUUUGAUUGGGUUGAGUGGAAAUUAAAUUAAAAAAUUUAGGAGUUCUUUUAACAACCAAAGAAAUUUUGUUAAGUGAAUUUGCAAUUUCAUAUCUGUCAUUUACCAAAUUUUGGAAUGCAUGAAAGAGGCAACACACUGAAUCAUUUGAUAACAAAUUGAAAUAAACUAUAAACUCUAAUUUUGUACUCAAAUUUGUGAUGUCAUUUGAUAACAAUUCAAACUGUUUAUACUGCAUGUUGAUUAUGAGGAAUUAUUUAUUUCAUGCUAAAUACAGUAGUAGUACACUUGGAAAAUAGAUAUGUGUAGUGCAUAACUUGUUGACAAAAUAAAAUGAAGAAAGUUGAAGUAAUCUUGAAUUUGAAAAGUUUACUUUAGCACUUGUGCAAGUUAAUUACGGGACAGGCAACCAUAGAUUUACUUCCUUUUCUUCUUACUAGUACUUUAAGCCAUGCUGCUCUCAUCAUCUUAUCAAAUGAUUUUGGGUUAUGUUUGUGCACUGUAGUGUGACAUUUUGUUUAGUGUUUAUUAGUAAAAGCCCCACAGCACUCCCUUAGAAAUACAAGAAACUAGAUUCAAAAGGGCAGCAAAAAUUUGGUGAAAAUAAAAGCGUUUGAUUUUGUUUUAGGGAAUAUCGGUCUGUGUACUAAGCUACCUAAUCUUUUUCUCCUUUUUUUUAAUUUUUUUAUUUUUUUUUGCAGUUGGAUCAUUAAGUCCUCUUUGAUACAUUACAUGUCGCGUAUAUGAAGUAGGAAAUUGUAAAAGUUAUUCGAUUAUUUCGUAUUUGGAUUUAUAACGAGGCGCUACUCAGCAUCUCUUCUCUGGAAAGUUCGUUUCAGUUUUUGAUGGCGAGUAUCCAAGCAGAUCCCUCUUUUGAGGGAAAUUUGAACAGGUACAUGGAUUUUGAUUUUGCUAUAGCUUGUUUGUUCUACCUUACGUGACGCAGAAAUAUUCUGAUUUCACUGAAAGAUUAUAGAUUAUCAAAAUUAUUUGAUAAUAGGACACGUGUGUUUCAUGGACCUAUUUGUAAUUUCAAUUUUGUACAAGUACAAAGCUUUUCAGUACCGUCGUCUUGCUCUGAAAAUUACAACUGCCUUCGAAAUGCAUCAAAGUAUUUCACCUUUAUAUUUUUGUGGCGACUGAGCGCAAUCAUAUUUUUUCAGGCUCAAUGUAAGUGAUGAACAGUUGAAGAAUCGUAUGCUUAUGGCAGUGCCGAAGAAAGGAAGACUCUACGAUCAGUGUAUUGCGUUACUGGAUAGGGCUGGAGUAAAGGUAAUUUGAACAAGACUUAACAUUUAAAAUUUUCUGUAUGGUAAAGAUUUACGAUAAAGGAACCAUACAGUGGGGGGUGGCCAAGUAAAUUCUGCUGUUGUGAGGGUGCGGUCACUGAACGCCGUUACAAAAGUGGCGGCUCGAUUGCUAUGGAAAUUCCCCCCCCCCCCCACUAUGCAAAUCUUUGAGAACAUAAGUUUCACUGAAGGUGAAAUCGAAGCCGUCGAAAAAUUGAGCAGUGUCGGAAAAAAAUUAAUUUAUUCACAUCUGAAAAAAGUAAGAAAGAUAUGUAUGGAGAACGCAGUGCUAUGUCAGAAAGGUAUCAAUUAUGCUUCUUCCUCCUGAAAAACUGUUGAUCAGAUGUUUAUUGGUAAAGAGGUCAGAACUAAAAACUGUUGUCGAGAGCAUUUAAUGUUAAUUCUCUCAUUUGUGGUAACUCUAAGGGUUUAUAGGGUUAAGAUUCUUAGUUGUGACAUUAAAUCCAGUCAAAUCCUUCCUUUGUAUGAUCUGACAUACCUCUACUUCCUGAAGAACUGCCAAUACAAGUUCAUUAAACAAAUCAUUUUCUUACAGUAUCGCAAAAAAGCACGUUUGGAUUUGGCUCUCUGUACUUCACUUAACAGUAAGUCAUUGUCAAAACUCUAGUACUCUCACAUCAUAGAUAUGUUUUUCAUCUCUCAUUGCAUUUUUUCCAUCCUUUCCAUUUGCUGCAAUAUGGCCUGCAAACAACUACCUGCUCCAUCUAAUUGUCAUAUAUGUGAAUAAUUUUCUACUCACACAUAGAUGAUAGCAGUACAUUUUUAGAGGGUAUUGAUUCCUACAAGUUCAAGGGAUCUGCUUGUUUAAGGCAAAAUUCUGUUCAUCUGUUAAAUUCAUGCUGCUUGAGGUCAUCACAGGUCUAAUUAUGGUUGUUUUAACUUUUCAGUGGCUCUUGUCUUUCUCCCAGCAUCGGACAUUGCUCUCUAUGUUAGUCAAGGAAGGUCAGUAUCAGGAUCUGUAGGGGAGGUUUUGUGAGUUGAGUUAUAAGCCCUAAGUACCUUACUCCCUAAGACCUCAACAUUAAUAUGAAUGUUCUCUAUCACAUUCUUUAUACAUUUCUUGUGGUAGUGACAAGUAGGGUUUGUGGUACAAUCAAGAGCUUUGAAUCUUUAACUGGGAAUGUUUCCCUUCAUCUGAUUUGUUUGAUCUAGAGAUAACUGGAUGCUAGUACUUUUGAGCCGUUGAUGGCAUAACUCAAGACUACAUCCCUUGCCUUGUCAUUCAAAUCUUACUUUAAGAUCAUUUGAUAUCUCCCCCUUUCCAAUCAAUUAUAAGGGUCUGUGUAUUUGACCCAGCACAUGCACAGGACUUCUUUGUUCUCUGGUUUUUUUCCUUGGACAGGACUCACAAAUAAAUUUGGGGCAUAACAUUCAUAUUUAUAGGAUGGAUUCUAAUAGAUUUGUAGCCAAAAGAGGCUUUGUUGUACUAUUAUCUGCACUCGUGGUCAAGGUAAUAAUGAUAGAUAACACUGAUUUUUUUUGUUAGUAAAAUUUACAUUGAUUCCUUAGAAUUGACAUGGGAAUCACAGGACGAGAUGUUGUGGCAGAAAGUGGAGGAAAAGGUAGUAGUAUUUGUUGCAUAAUUUCUUUUAGCCCCUUUUUUAUGUUUCAUAUCAUAUUGAUUUUCUCUUCACUUUUUUAGUUAAUUUCAAACAAUGUUUUCUUAACCAUAUUGCUGAAUGAUUUCAGUUCAUGAACUAUUGAACCUUGGAUUUGGCAAGUGCAGGCUGGCAGUACAGGCAAGUACUAUCAUUACAAUUAGUUAAUUUUAAGUAUCCCUUAAAAUAAUCAAGUUAUUUUGCAUGGUAUACAGGCACCUGUGUCAUCCAAAAUUUCAAGUGCAGAGGAUCUUGUUGGUAUGAACAUCUUUGUAUUUUUUUUGUCAAAUCUUAAAUAUGGAAUGCUUAAACAGAUUAUAAAAAUAUUAUUAACAUCAUUUUAAUCUGUUUUCUUUACAGGAAAAAGAAUAGUCACAUCCUUUCCAAAUGUCACCAGAAAGUACCUUUCUGUAAGUUCUUCAUACUUGAAUACCUGAUUUUUUAAAAUCACUUUUGACAUUUUUGUCAUCUAUCAAUAUUUGCAUUUGCAGCAAUAUGAUCCCAACAACACUACCACGAUUAACUAUGUCAGUGGAUCUGUGGAAGUAAGUCAAUUGUUAUUUUAAUAUAGCUAGAAAAAUGCUCAUAUUUACAACUAUAUUGUGUAUAAAAAUAAAAGCUAAGUUUUUUGUUUGUCUCACAAUGUAGUCACAUGUGAUUUAGAUUGUGACGUUUCGACUGCAUACUGCUAGUCUUCUUCAGGCGAUGAGGUCAACUGGUCAUGCAUGAUCCUAUAAAGCAUGAUGCUCUGCUGUGAUUAGUUGUUUUUUCAACAGCUCUGAUUGGUGCAUUUCAAUCCUUGCUGUUCACUCAGUGAUUUGCUCCCUCAGCAGUCUGCUGCCGUACAGCUCUCCUGUCGUUGUGUUUUUUUAACGUGGGCAUCCACGCUUCUGGAAUUUCUAUUCCACUAUCCCUGUUGAUGUUAUUAGGGUGAAGUCUUAUAUGAAUUGCCUCUUUGACCCUGCGCAUAUGGUAAUAAGGGUCUUGAUCAAUAAACUUUAUGUCGUUCCAGUGUGCAUUGAAGAUAAAGGAGGGAAUAUGUUUUAAGACAAUAUAUUCAUGCCUUAGUUGUAGGUUCAUCAAGAUAUGACAGAUACUGAUGGAAGUUUGGAGAGGACCCAAGAAGCUAGAGAUAUUAAAAAAUACUCCAUAGGCUACUCUUAUGCAUCUUUUCCACUCUUCAGAUUUCAAGCAUGAUUCAUAUCAUGAUUAACACAUACAAAUGCUAUUAGGGAAUCAACCUUUUUUUUUUUUUUUUUUUUUUUUCUGUCAGGUGGCCUGCAGCCUGGGAGUUGCUGAUGCUAUAGGUAAGAGUGUCAACUGAUGUCGUCCUCACUGCUACAUUUAGCCCCAAGCUUAGAACUCACUUUAGAAGGGAAAUAUUACAAUAUAGAGCAUAUUACAUGGCCCUGCAGUGAUAGGAAAUUUCUCUUCAAAAUUGAAAAUCUCUUGAAAAUAUUUUGGAGUGAUUAAAGUGAAUAAGUGAAAUAUUUUAGUUUUCAACACCAAUGAAAUAGCAACAGUGAUCCUUUCAAGUGUAAAGAUAUUAUAUUUUCAGGCAAAAGCUCACCUCGAGUGAUCAAGACAGAAUUACCCCUCACAAAAACAAUACAAUAGCAAGCAGACAAUUGAUUAGAAUAAAGGAAAAUAUUAAUUUAAUGAUAAUAUAAUAUUUUCUAAUACUAAAUUCUUCAAACUCAAGUCAUAAGAAUUGUAUAGCAGACAGUAAGGAGAAUUAAUAAGGAGAUCGUGGAAGUAAAAGGGUCAAAGGUGUAUUUAUACAUGUUGAUAAAUAUAUCUGUCUGCAGCGGUAACAGGCUAAGUUGAUUCAUUGUUUUAUUGACUGGUUUUUUUCUUGUUUUUUUUCUUUUUUAAGUUGAUCUUGUUGAAACAGGGGACACAAUGAGAGCAUGUGGACUAGAAAUAGUAUCUGAAAUUAUGAAGACUGAGGUGUGAUAAUUGAUCCAUUUCUGAUUAAUUUAUAACUGAUCUUAAGGUAUUAAUCAGUCAAUUGACUGAUUAAUAAAUGCAUCAAUUUAUGAAGUAUCAGGCCUGAGGCUGACACAGCUCUUUUAUUAUAAUCAUAAUUUGCAGGGAGGAGAAGAUUUUCAGUGGUUUCUUUCUAGUCCUCUCUACCUUUUGAAAGAGAAUGUUCCCUCUGCAGUUUUGUUUCAUUUGAUCUUGCUUUUGAGGUUCACAUAGAAAAGCAUCCCUCAAUUUCUGGAGAUGACCGUAAUUAUAAACUAUUUAACAAAUGAAAUAAAUUAAUACAGGGUUUCUUUUUGGUUUUGUUCAAUAUGUAGGCUGUUUUGAUUGCAAACCCUAAAGCCCACUUUCAGGUUAGUAGUUACAGAUGGUAAUUCUUAAUGUGCACUGUGACUUUGUAUAAUUAAAUGGUAUCUAGAAGUUAUUAGCAUUGGGUCAUGAACAUGCAAUUCAUAUAAACUUGCUAAAACUCUCCAUGUUUAGCGGCAGAUUUUGCUGUAUUAAAUUUGAAACACUGUCCAUUUGGAUCAGAAUAUUUGUGUGAUAAAAUUAAGUAGAAUGAUUUUAACAAGGGUUUUUAUUAUUUUUUAUCAUAGGAUGUUGUAAAGACAGUUACAUCAAGAAUUGAAGGGAUCAUCCAUGCAGACAAGUAUGAUUUUCUAACUUUUUGGAGUCACAUUUUGGAUCAUUUUCAAUUCAUAAAAUGCAAUUUAAGGUUCCAAGCAUGAUUUAAAGUUUUCAACUGUGUUAAUUAGAUGAUCAUUUUGACCAGGUAUGUGAUGGUUGAAUACAAUGUGGAAAGAGUAAAUCUCCCAAAAGCACUGAAAAUAACACCAGGAAAGGUAAGUUACAUGUUGAAUCACCAGUGAGUAAACUCAUCAAAAUGUGUUAAAAUGUCGCUAAGCAGGAGAUUAGAAGUUUCUUGUAAAUGAAUGAAGACCAUAUGAUUAAUAUGUUUCUUAUGAUCUGCUUUUUCUCAGAGGUCUGCCACACUCUCUCCUUUGGAUAAUGAGGCCUGGGUAGCUGUUCAAUGUAUGGUUCUUCAAAAUGAGGAAAAUCAGGUUCUAGACAAACUGAAAGGUUAGUUUUUAACUCAUAAAGUAAGGAAUACCAGUAUAGCUAUAGCAACAGUCACUAUCUCUAUUGACAUCACCAUCAUAUGUUAUGCACAGUCUCCAGGUCUUCUGCACAGAGAACAUGAAUGUAGUCUCUUCUAGUUGCAUGAUUUGUAAGAUCUCCUAAUUGAAAGAAAUUACCCUAAAAACCUUACCUUGAAACUCCAAAAUCACUCCUAAUUAUUUACUGCUUCUUCAUGCUUAUUUUACAGUUUCUGGUUUCAUUUUCUUACAUAUUGGGUAAAAUUGCAAACAAAGCAGAAGGGGGCAUGCCAUCAACAGCAUUUCAAAGGGAGGUGGUUCAGUGGCAGAUUCAGUAGUGAGGGAUGAGUUUUGGCCAAAAGAAAAAAAAAUUCCUUUUAAAUUUUUAGAGGUUAGCAGUUCUGGGGUCACCAUUGUCACCUUGUCAUCAACCAUAUCCAUCCCAAUCUUUAUCGUAAUGCCAUGCACUCUUCAGGCUGGUUUAUAAGUCUGAUGCAAGAAAAAAGUUUAAAAAUUGAAUAUUUUGAUUAUGGUGCUGCUUGUGCCAUGUACACCAACCACUCAUCAAAAUACAUAAAAUGAUCAGUUUUCUUUUGUAUCAAUGUUAUUCUAAAAGUGCAAAAUAAAUCAUUACAGGUGUAGAUUCUCACAUGAAUUGUGCAAAUCCUUUUCACCCUUUUACUCCCAGAAGUGAUUAACAUAAAACCUCUCCCUACAAUAUCCAUACAUUAUUCAGCAAACAGGUAAUGAGAAUAUUCAAAGUUAUCAGGUAAAAGCUGCUAUCUUGAUCUAACACCAAGUUCUCAUAACUAAUUUACAAGGAAAUGUGUAGCAGCUAGAGGGGAGAAUUAACAAUCAGAUCUUGGGAGUUAAAGGGUUAAACAUGCAAGCUGUUUUGCUUAUACCACAUUAUUGAUUUAGUAAUUGUACUUGUUAUUGUCUAUUUUAGAAAUUGGUGCCUAUGACAUAGUGACCUUCACCAUUCAGAACUGCCGUGUUUGAUGACAGGGUUACUUCUAAUUUAGAAGUACAUAUUAUAACUCUAGGAAUUUUAUGUAACGUAGGAAUAUUUAAUAAUAGUUAUUACCUGUAAGGUACUUUAGUUAGCAUAUCUCACCUUUGUAAGACUUAACAUAUUUAUUGUGUCUAACUUAAGAAAUAUUUUUCCAGUAAAAAUGGCAUCUAAUAUUAAUAUUGAAUUAACAUCUGUUGUUUUAACUAGUUAACUCCAGAAGUGACUGACAACCUCUUACUAUAAUAUCCAAACAUUAUCCAGCAAAUAGGCAAUGAGAAUAUACUCAAACUUAACAGGUAGAAGUUGUUAUCUUUAUCAACCAUGUCACUGAUUAAGAAGGGAAUUUGUAGCAGCUCAGUAGAGAGGAUUGACAAUCAGAUCUUGGGAAUUAAAGGGUUACAUGGCUAAAAUGACGAGAUAUUGUCAUAACACUCAAUGAUGUAAAAUCAUAUUAGUUCUGUAGUAAAACUGCCACCUGUUUUGAUACUAUGUUUGUAAAAUGUCCUAUAAGGAUGUAUUUAUUUUUCAGAAUGGUGUAUUUUAAGGCAAAAAGUUAAUUUUUCAAAGGUAUCUCUAAAAAAGAGUGAAGGAGUUUAAAGCAUGGGUAGACAUGUAUCAUUACUGACAGUAUUUGUGCCUUGUUUUAAGGAUGUUAUACUUUUGUUCUGGAUCACUUUACAAGAAGUAAAAAUGAGAGAAUUAGUAUUAAAUGUUCCAAGCAAUAUAUCUGCAUUUGUGAACUUUUUCAUAAUCAUGUCCUCUGGACCAAUAAACAUCUGAUCAGCAGUUUUUCAGUUGGACACAGCAUAAUUGAUAUCUUUCUGACAUAACAUUGUGUUCUUUUGGUCAAGACAGUGAGUCUUAAAGUGCCUCUGAUCACUCAGAAGGAUAGAAAUACAUACAAACAGGUAGUUCAGUACUUGAAUGUGAUAUUUAAGAGCUGUUUUAAUUAGUUUUAAUUAACUAGG